GCUUCAAUAAUUUAUUUUUUGUAGAAUUGUUUAUUCAUUUCAUAUAAAUAAUGGAUGAACAUUUACGUCGUUAUGUAAAUAUGUUAAAUGAAAAUGAAAUUACUAUUCGGAAUAAUGCUGGAUGUGUACUUUCAAGACUCUGUGAAAAGAUUUUAAAUUUUCCUGAUGAAGAAACUUAUCGUAUAAUUCAUCUCAGUGAUUCGAACAUCACAGAAAAAUUACUUCCAGCAAGCGGUGCCAUGGAAUGCUUAUUCGAAAUAGGUUUUACAGAGGAUGGUGAUCGUCUUAGUCUUCCAAAGACUGCAUCGCUCACGAAACUGAAAACUUUACAAAAGUUACUAUCUUCAAUUGUUUUAUCGAAAUCAAAUACUUCAAAUUUAAAUCAGAAGCAUACAAUUGAAGAAUCAACAAAAUCAUCUAUAAGAUUAUCUGAUGAAGAAAAAUUUUUUAACACAAUUACCGAACAGUUUCAUAAUGUUAUGCGAUACGAAGAUUGUAAUUUACAAGAGAAAGCAAGAAAAGUAAUACCAAUCGCGCAAUUAGAAAUCAAAACGAUGGAAAGAUUAAGGAAAUUCCAAAAAAACAUAAAACAUGCUAUACUUGAUAAAGAAAUGAAGUCAGAUUCAGCUUUAAAAGAAGAUUUAGUAAAUUCAAUAGAUUUAUUUUUAAUGGAACUUCUGCACUGGUUCAAAUAUGAUUUUUUUCAAUGGGUUGAUAGUCCAUUAUGUACAACUUGUUCUACAGAAUGUUCGUUUGAAUAUAUAAUACCUUCUUCAGAUCCAAAAUGUUCCCGUAUAGAAGCUCAUAGAUGUAAUAUUUGCAAAACAGUAGUGAAAUUUCCACGAUAUAGCGAUCCAGAAAUAUUGUUAACUACUAGAUCUGGGCGUUGCGGAGAGUGGGCAAAUGUAUUCACACUUCUAUGUCGUACGCUAAAUUAUGAUGCAAGACUUGUAUAUGAUGUGACAGAUCAUCUAUGGACAGAAAUAUGGUCUGUUACUGAAAAUAGAUGGAUACAUAUAGAUCCAUGUGAAAAUGUAAUAGAUCAGCCAUUAAUGUAUGAACGUGGCUGGAAUAAAAAAUUAAGUUACAUAAUAGCUUAUUCACGAGACGAAGUUCAAGAUGUUACUUGGCGUUAUACGCGAAAACAAAAUAAUGUAAUGGCAAAGAGAAGAAAGUGUUCAGAAGAAAAUUUAUUAAAUUUAAUUCAAUCUUUAAAUGAAAAACGUCAAAAUUCUGUAGGUUACAGUAUAGCACGUAAACAAUACGUUAUUAAAAGACGCCUCCGAGAGCUUGUAGGAAUGCUCAAUUAUCCAAACAUUCCAAAUGAAUACGAUAAUAAUAUUUAUAACGAAAGAACAACAGGUUCUUAUGCAUGGAGAAUGGCUCGAGGAGAAGCAAGCCAGCACAAUGUAGACAAAAGUUAUACGUGGGAUAUUUCCAAAAAUGGCAAAUCAUUCAUUCUUCAAUAUUUUAUUGUUAAAAAUAUAUACAAAGUCAUACAUUCUGAUGACCAUAUCCUAGAACAGAAAUAUGAUUGGCGAGAGGGAGUAAGUUCUGUUGAGGGUGGAAUUUUUCAUAAAGUAGAAAAUGAUUGGAAGAUGGCAUAUUUAACUCGUUCAGCGGGUGCUGAAUAUGGAUACCUAAAAUGGUCGUUUGAAGUUCGUAAUCCAAACUUAUAUGUAAAUACAUUAAAUUUACAAGCCAAAACAACAGUUUUUCAAAAUGCAAAAAUUGUUUGGGAAGUGGAAGGUAUUUUUCCUUCUAUAAAGAAAAAAAAUACUUCUGUAAUUAUUCCUAUUUCUACGCCCAAUGAUUUUACUACGGAAAAGUUAAAAGGAGCAAAACAGUUAAAUAUUACGGUAAAACUUUCUGGUGGGGAGGGUAGUAUUGCUUGGCAACAUGCUCAAUUAUUUAGAGAAAGUUUAAAUAAUACUGAAGAACCAUCUAUGAUCAUUGUUAUUAAACUUGGUGAUCACAUUAAUUAGUGUUUAUAUAUAAAGUUAAUAUAAAUAUUAAUUAUAAUAUAAAUAUUUGUGAU